CGAGCGGCCAGGCGAGGCGCGGUGAGACAGAGGGAGAUGAGACAGGAGGCAUGGAGACUCGCCGCCGGCUGUUGAAGGAGUCCUGUGGGCAUGCCUUCCCCAUGGCCCGUCUACUGGCCCAGUGCCUCUGCUCUGCAUGCCAUCAUCCAGGGGAGGGAGGAAGGAGAGAGGCCAUCUAAAAAUAAACCCUACUCCAGCACCAGCAGAUAAACAAGAAAACCAACUGAAAACAAAAAUAGACUAAACGAGAAAUAAAGGGGAAACAUAGUGGUCGUUGUCUCCCUCUACCUGUACUUCUUCCUAAAUCUCUCUCUCCCUCUCUCCCUCUGUCUCUCUAUCUUUCCCCCUCUCUCUCUGUCACUCUCUCGGUCCUCGUUAUGCUCUGAGCCGAGAUCAUGUCCCAAUCUGGCAACGUCCUUCACAUGUACGUGGAGGUGAGGCCCGACACGGACCAGGACGCGGUGAAGGGCUUCGGGGAGGCGGGGGAGGCGGACGGCCAAGUGGCGGCUGUGCCGGAGGGCUCCGCAGAACUCCUGUCCCAGCUCGCCACGCAGACCACCUGCCAGACGCUCCCGGCGGCCCAGCGUCUGGCCCGGGAGCACGCGUACCGUCAGUCGCCGUCCAGACACACGGUGAGCUUCCAACUCCAGCACAAGGUCACCUCGCGGUCCCCGACGGUCCUCAAGAGGCCGAGGUUACCGGGGGACGGUAUCUCCGCCGCCCCUCAUCCCCCUCCUGCGUGCCAGCGGUUCGGCGAGGAGAAGGCCGGUGAAGGGACGCGCUCCGUGGUCACGUUCAGCUACGUCGCGAAGCCCAAUGUGCGUACGGUGGAGAGCCCCCGGCACCCGCGCUGUGAGAGGGGAGCCCGAGAGGACGUAGUCAACCCCUCCCCGUUUUGUAAAAGACUGAGCGAUUCCUCUUGGUGGGGGAGUCCAGAUUCCUCUCGCGGCUCUAGUCCGAAGCUGGCUUUCAGACAACCCGCUAUCGACCCCAUCGGCAGGGCAGCCACCCAGAGGGCCGUGGAAGAGUUUGGCUCCCCCUUACUGAGGAUCAAACUGGCCCAUGCGCUCGAGCGGGGAUCGACGUCGCGCUACUUCUCGCAGCCGCGGUGCCAGUCGUGGGCGGGCUCCCCUGUCCUGCGUCAGAACAACUGCAGGUCUCCCGUCGACUGUGUCAAAGACAGCAGCCAAGCUAACUGUACGCUUCCCCAGAGCAAAGUGACGGAGCAGCUCCCCCAGUCAAGGCAUCCCGCUUUGGGGACACCGACCCACCCGCGGCCCAGGUCUUGUGCGGGGCCUGAGAGCCCUAUUCAUUGGCCAAUGGAGCACAGAGCCCUAUCAGGCAGUCCGGCUACCCGGGGACAUCAUCACAAGGCCUGCACGAGGGUUUCCUCGCCCAAGGGAGCGAUUCUUCAACUUGGCAAUAAACUAGUGGAGGGCAUGAACCAGCUAAGCGACAGUAAAUCCUCGUCACCAGCCCCCAGCCCCGAGGUGGCCCGCAGGUUAGCCGUGGAGGUCACCAAAGUCUCCUCUUUUUUCACAGAGCCCAGGAAGGGCUCGUUGCAUAACGCUUUGGGUGAGCCCACCCGGGGGUCAAACUCUUGUGAACGCCACGACCCGAGCCCAAACGCACAACAGGCCCAGCAGCAUCAGCAGACGCUCCAGAUGAACAUCCCCUUGCACGGGCAACACGCACCAGCAACCGACAACAUCGACUGUCACCAGCCCGAGAGCUCCAUCUCGCAGUCCCACUCGCAGGAGACCAACUCUCGCAAUAACCACGACACGCAGCGGGAGGAGGAGGAGGAGACCAAGCCCGAGGAGCGGGGGGAGCGAGAGGGGGGCAGCCGUCAGAGCUCCUCCCAGCAUCAGAGCUCCUCCCAGCAUCAGAGCUCCUCCCAGCAUCAGAGCUCCUCCCAGCAUCAGAGCUCCUCCCAGCAUCAGAGCUCCUCCCAGCAUCAGAGCUCCUCCCAGCAUCAGAGCUCGCCCACAGCGGCGCCCAGUUCUCCCGCCCUCCCUGCCCGGUUCUUCCGCCCCUCUCACCCCCCCACGGAGUUCUGCUCCCCCAUGAGGGACCCCCGGUUACUCCGGGCCGAGGUGAGGGCGCUGGACAGCCCCACCCUGCACCGGCGCCAGCCCCCGCAGUACACCGGAGACCCCUGGUCCGCCGGGGCCGAGCGGAGGGGAGGCGAGCCGCCGCCGGGGGCCAACGAGAGCGUGGACUGCACGGAGCUCUCCCGCAGGCUCUUCAUCCACCAGGGGGUGGAGGAGGCCCCGGUCAGCUGGACCUCCAGGCAGCGCUGGGGGAAGCAGCCGUUGGAGGCGGUGGCGGAGCAGGAGAGCCAGUGCCCUAACCCAGAGGCCAGCCCCGCCGCCGCCGCCGCCGUCGUCCCCGGGCGCGGACCCCGGCGAGGCCACGGGGGGGCCCUGAGCCCCACGGCGCGGCAGAAGCGAGCGGAGCAGAGGAGAAGGGAGGCCCUGCUCCUGGGACCCGGGCCUCUGGAGGGGGAGCAGAACGGCGUGUUGGGGGGGUCGUCGUCCCGGAGCUCCAGUGGGGUGACGGGGAGCCUGGGGGACAGGGACUGCGUUUCCCCCGAGUCCAGCCAGUCCAGUCACCAGAGCAACGACACCGCCGCUGCCACCUCAGGAAUACAGAGGAUAGCUCGAGCCAAGUGGGAGUUCCUGUUCGGGACCCCCGUGGAGGAGGCUGCCAGCAGAGGAGACAAAACGUUCCUGGGCGCCUCCACAGCGCCCCCUAGCGGCGCCUCCAGCGAGUCCCCUACGCCCACGCCGCUGACCACGCCCUCCGGCCUGCCCCUCCUUUCGGCCAACCACGACGUCCAGCAGGUGGAGGUGGAACUGGUCACGCCCCCGCCGCUGACGGGCUCCUCCCCCAGGACGGGCAUCAUCGGGCGGACCCUCAAGUACUCGGAGACGGACCUGGACGCGGUCCCGCAGCGGUGCUACCGCGAGACGGACAUCGACGAGGUGCUGGCCGAGCAAGAGGACGCAGACUCCGCCUUCGGCUCCAACCGCAGCGUGCUGGGCGGCAGCCCCCCCGAAGGGCCCUGCUACGAGAGGGAGAGGUAG